AUGCGUGGCCACAUGCGCAUCCACGAGAGCGGCAUUGACCGCAAUUCCGAUACAGCCACGACAUCCAACACGCCCAGACCCAUCCUCGCCCCACCGUCACGCGCGCCGACCACCACCACUGCCACCACCAACACCACUGCUUCCUCGACAGCUGACACCGACACCGCCGACCUCUCAUGCCCACAUUGUCCACGCACCUUCACCUCACGCAUCGGCCCGGUCGGUCACUUGCGAAUCCAUCGCACAGAGACUGGCCAACCAGAGCCUGGAGUACCAACCUACACCCACCGCACUCGCCUCCACUGCCCACACUGCCCUCGCACCUUCACGCAUCGCAUGGGUCUUUUCGGCCACAUGCGCAUCCACAACGACCUGCAGUAG